AUGGGGUGUAGCCCAGCGACUGGAUACUACGAGCCGUGCACGCCCAGAUCGCUGAGAGGGACGAGAGGUGUGUGGAAAGCGACGUAUUUUGAUAAUGUGUUGCAAGUCACUUGGAAGUGGAUUCGAAAAAACGCACUCUUUUCAUUGCACUGGUUUCUAGUGGAGCACUCGUUGCCUUGCGGCGCUCUUAAGGAUUUUCUGGUGGAAGGUCGUGAGACUGUCCAAUGCCGCCAAGAAGAAGCUCCAUCUGGGGGAUCGCACGGAUGCCCCGCGGCAAAUCAGGUACCAAGAGCUGUAUCGAGCGACCAAGGGAUUCCAGAGCAAGUGGGAGAGGGAGGGCUUGGGACUGUGUUCAAGGGGACGCUGCCCAGCGGAGAGAUUGUAGCGGUCAAGAGGAUUGGCGGUGGAUCGCGGCAGGAGGACAAGCAAUUUAAGGCGGAGGUGAUGUCGAUUGGCAGCAUCCAUCACCUCAAUCUCGUCAAGCUGGAUUUUGCCUGCAUUCUCCCCACAACUUACUCGUCUACAAGGCUUGCGUAUCUCCACGAUGGAUGCCGCGAGAAGGUACUCCGUCUAGACAUCAAGCCACAGAACAUCCUCCUGGACGAGAAGAUGAAUGCCAAAAUUGCCGACUUUGGAUUCUCAAAGUUCAUUGACAAGGACAAAACGCAUGUCGUGACAGUCAUGCGGGGCACGGUGGGAUACAUGGCUCCCGAGUGGCUCCACUCUCGUGUCACGGACAAGACGGAAGUCUAUAGCUUUGGAAUCGUCCUCCUGGAGCUUGUUUGUAGCAUAAAGGCCGUGGAGUGUUCCUUGUACUCGGACUCGCAGAUGGACGUUGUGUUCCUCACCCAGACCGCUUUUAACAAGCUCCACAGUGGAAACGCCAAGGACUUGGUGGACGAUCGGCUGCUCAAAGCCGAGGACGGUGGUGGUUUUUUCUUGAGUGGCUUUGAGAACAUCCUCCUGAUCGGGUUAUGGUGUACGCAGGAGGAUCCCUUGCGGCGACCAACGAUGUCUGUGGUGGUGAAGAUGCUCGAGGGUGCCAUGGAUGUGUUGGCGCUCCCUCAGCUGGAGAGACCCGCUGCACAGGAUUCAUCGCUCUUGGUGAGCAGCAGCGAGAGCUCGGGAGUGCAGAUCUCCAUCUCGGUUUUGGACUUGGCUCGCUAAGUAGAUUGCUUAAUAAGUUAA